AUGGACGCAGUGAAGAGAGCAUGCAUUGCAGAUCCAACGAAUGAAGAGGUGGGGCGCAAAGCCACAAUCGUCACGCUGCUUGCUCCACCCACGGGAUACGCCCGCGCACAUACCAAACCUGGCGUGCAGCAGCAGCACGACACAGCGACUCGCUUCAUCAACGCGAUCGAAGCUGCUCCAGCUCGGGCAGAUGCUCGCUGCGGUGUUCGGCUACCGUCUGGCCCUGCUGCAGCUGCUGCUCCAUGGCAAGCGCGAGGCGACCAGGCAGAAACACCUCGCUGCCGUAUCGACCCUUCAGUUCGUCCACCCGCCGUCACUGCUUUCCUCUCCUCGUCAUCCGUCUCUUUGGGUCCACACAGCAUUCUUCCAUCCCAAUCGACGCCGGUGCUCUCGCAACGCACCCUCUAUUUGGCACACUUUCAACUCUACCAUCGCGUCGCGUUUCCUUCUCCUCGACCCGUCAAGACCCUCGCAUCCAACCAAACCCCGCGUUCCUCUCUUAGCUCGCCCUCCUUUGCCAUCAUGUCCGCUCCCGGCAGCUCCACGCUUCGCAAGAAGAGAAAGAUCGCCGUCCUUGGCUCGCGCUCCGUCGGCAAGUCGUCGCUGAUCGUGCGCUAUGUCGAGGACGCCUUCGUCGACUCGUACUACCCGACCAUCGAGAACAUCUUCCAGAAGACCAUCACGCACAAGGGCCAGGAAUACGACUGCGACAUCAUCGACACCGCAGGCCAGGACGAGUACUCGAUCCUCAACUCCAAACACGCCAUCGGCAUCCACGGCUACAUGCUCGUCUACAGCAUCGCUUCGCGCAACAGCUUCGACAUGGUUCAGACCGUCCACGACAAGAUCCUCAAUUACACCGGCACCGAAUCCGUGCCUUGCGUCAUCGUCGGCCAAAAGAGCGAUCUUCACGUACAGCGUCAGGUGUCCGAGGCCGAAGGCAAGCAGCUCGCCUCGCAGCUCAAGGCUGCCUGGAUCGAGGUCAGUGCGCGUCAUAACGCAAACGUCGCAAAGGCCUUCGAGGCCAUGCUCGGCGAGACCGAGCAGGGCACCCAGGAGGGCGGUCCCGAGCCACAACCGUCCAAGUGCAUCGUCAUGUGA